AUGGCCAUCCCAUGCUCGCGCAACCGCGCGCAACUACAGGAUGAAGCUGGUGGACAGAAGAAGAAAGGGCGAGGUGUUCUAAAAGGUUUGAAAGCAUCUAAGAAGCGUUUUGCCAAUGGAUCUGUAAAGCUAAAUAUUGUAUUCUCUGAAACAUUGGGUGGUACAGUUGGAAUGAACUAUCGUUCAUUCAAGGAUGACGUGGGUAGAUGGGACCUGGAGGAUACACCAGACAGAGAAGAAAAGGAACGCAGCCAAAAGAACACCGAUAACCGUAAGAAACAGAAGACAAAACACAGAAUUGGAUCAAAAUCUUACUCGCAAGUUAGUUUUGAGAAGAGAAACACGGAAACUGGAGAAGAGCCAGAUUGUAUUACUUUGUGGGAACUCACCCACACGAAGAAUGGAAUAUGGUCUAACACAGAGUCACAGGAUGUUUAUGACAAAGCAUGUGAAGAGGUUAAAAACAAAGAGACUGAAACUCAAGGUCCACUUUCAGAUGAGCAAAGACACAAUAUUUUCCAGACCACAUACAAAGGCACUCUGCAAUGCAAGUCAUCGCAGCCUCGUGGGUACGGAUACAUGGCCAAACCGUCAACUGGUUCUGAAAGGAUUCAUAUCCAGAUUGAAGAGCAAGCUCGUGCUACAGCAGCCUUCCAACAGCGAAACUCUGAGCUCAGCCACCAGGUCAAUGAUUUACAAGAUCAACUACAAGCUGAGCGUGCAAACACACAAGAGAUUAUUAACUUGGAGCGCGCUGAGAGAGAACAACUUGAGGGGAAGUUAAAAGAAGAGCGUGCUGAAAGGGAAAGAUUGUUGGAAGCGGAGCGAACAUCAAGAUUGAAAUUUGAAAAAAACAUGAUGGCAAAGUUUGCAGAAUUCAGCAAACAGAUGGGAACCCAACAGGUGUUUACGAACAGGAUUGACAAAGAAAAUAGUAAUCCAAACUUCCAAAAAAUUCUUUUACAAAGACCUAGUCCUAAUAAGGCUGCAGGUGCAAGGCCAACUGUUAUUUCUUCAAAUGCGCUCAUACAUGCUUCAACAAGAAAUUCUCGAAUGUUUAAAGUAAUUGAUCCAAAUAACUAG